ACUCACUGUUCUGUCUGUGUAUCUUCUCUCUUUCUCCCACUACUCUCUCCACUAAAGGGUGAUGGCAGACCACUGUAAUUUAGUCAGUGUUCUAGGGCUAUUUUUAGUAUUGACCCUCUUUCACAACCCGAUCACCGUCGCCGGACAGACUAUUCCGGCAGUGGGCUUGUUUACCUUCGGCGACUCCAACUUCGACGCCGGAAACAAACAGACUCUCGCUAAAGCUUUCGUCGCUCAAGGUUUCUGGCCGUACGGCAAAUCCCGGGAUGAUCCCAACGGCAAAUUCUCCGACGGCCUCAUCGCUCCGGACUUCGUCGCAAAAUUCAUGGGGAUUCCGAUCGAGAUCCCGGCGGCGCUUAAACCGAACGUCAAUGUUUCACGUGGAGCUAGUUUCGCCGUCGCCGAUGCUACUCUUCUCGGAGCUCCGGUGGAAUCUUUGACUCUGAUACAACAAGUGAAAAAAUUCAAUCUAAUGAAAGCAGCAAGCUGGAAUGAUGACUUCAUCAAGAAGUCAGUUUUUAUGAUAUACAUUGGUGCAAACGAUUACUUGAAUUUCACCAAGAACAACCCAAACGCUGACGCAUCUGCUCAACAAGCUUUUGUCAUUUCCGUGACCAACAAGUUAAAGAACGAUAUCAGCUUGUUGUAUUCAUCAGGAGCGAGUAAGUUCGUGAUCCAAAACCUAGCUCCAUUGGGUUGCUUACCUAUCGUCAGACAAGAUUACCACACCGGGAUGGAUCAAUGCUAUGAAAAACUCAACGAUUUGGCUAAGCAACACAACGAAAAAAUUGGACCGAUGUUGAACGAACUGGCUAAAACCGCUCCUGGUUUCCAGUUCACCGUCUUCGAUUUCUACAAUGUUAUUCUUCGUAGGACGCAGAGGCACAUGAACUUCCGGUUUUUCAUUACAAACUCAUCGUGCUGCGGAGUUGGGACACACACUGCUUAUGGUUGCGGUUUACCUAACGUGCACUCUGAGCUAUGCGAGUACCAACGGUCUUACCUAUUCUUCGACGGACGUCACAACACCGAGAAGGCGCAAGAAAUGUUCGGCCAUCUACUUUUUGGAGCCGAUCCAAAUGUUAUCCAACCGAUGAACGUCCGUGAGCUCGUGGUUUACCCAGUCGAUGAACCUAUGCGUGAGUCUUGGGAGCCUACAACCUCAGCCACUGUCCAAGCCAGCGACUUUAGCCGCGGUUAUGAAUAUUACUGAGUCUCUAUAAUUUAAAUCAAUCUCUUAGGGAUCAAUCUGGUUUCUACAAGAGUAUAACCAUAUAUAUCAAAAUCGGAAUCUUUCUGUUUUCUCUAGUGAGCUAAUUUCCUCUUUAAUAAAAGAUUGAUCUUUGCAGCUUUUACCACGUAUUGGAAUAUUUCGAGAGUUCAUUGAUCUAUA